UUAUUAUUGAGAAUAUGGGAUUAUAAAGUGGAUAUUAUAGUCAAUAGGCCAGCAAACAUCACAGGUCUCUCACUCACACACACACACACACACACAGAGAGAGAGAGAUCAGGAAGUGCUGUCUUGAGUUUAGUUGCUAGUCGGCGGAAUUGGCUGUUUGAUGUGAGGAUGUGUGUGUGCAGAAGAGUGUGUGUGUGUGUGUGUGUUGCUGCAUGUGAACUGAGGAUCUGAUGAGUUUGGUCUGCUGACGGCCCCUGAUCCCCCCGAAUGGGCCCCGACACACAAGAGCAUCAUGGGCUCCAGGAUAAAAAAAAACCCUGAUAAGACGUUCUACUGGUGCUUUCAAGCCUCGUGUCCAAUCGCCAGAGAUAAAGAUCCUGGUGUGCUGUUUCAGUUCCCUGAAGACUUUAAUGAUGAGGAGUCUCUGCAGUCCUUGCCUCGCUUCUGCUUCCCUUAUGACAUAGAGAGGGCGAAGGACACGGUUGCCGUGCAGCACUUCGCAUUCGUCUUGACGGAUCUGGAGGGAUGUCAGCGCUUCGGCUUCUGCAGACUCACGUCCAGCUCUCAGACCUGCUUCUGCAUCCUCAGUUAUUUGCCAUGGUUUGAGGUCUUCUACAAACUUCUGAAUAACCUAGCGGACUACUCGUCUAAAGGACAGACCAACGAGAUGAAAGAUCUGCUCUCGGCCCUCUACAAGCACCCCGUCCCGCCGGCGAACGGCUCCAUCACGCUGCAGAUGGGAGGAAAGCUAAUGAUCGGAAGCAAGAUGCCUGGCAUCUGUGGACACGCCCCUAAAGGGGAGGAGUCAGAGGGGAUCCCGUACUUUAUCGCGCCGGAUCCCAAAGCCUUGCCCUCAAUACCAGAAAGUAGGAACCUGACGGAGCUGGUGGUGGCGGUGGACGUGGGGAAUCUCCUCCAGCUGUACGCCAGCAUGUUGUUCGAGAGACGCAUCCUCAUUUACUGCAGUAAGCUCAGCACGCUCACGGCCUGCGUACACGCGUGUAACGGGAUGCUCUUCCCCAUGUACUGGCAGCACAUCUUCAUUCCAGUGCUGCCACCUCAUCUGCUGGACUACUGCUGCGCACCGAUGCCGUACCUCAUUGGGAUCCACUCCAGCCUGGCGGAGAGAGUCAAGAGUCGAGCUCUGGAGGACGUGGUCAUACUAAACGUUGACACCAACACGCUGGAGUCGCCCCACGAGGACCUGAAGAAGAUCCCGGCCGACGUGGUGGCGGGACUGAAGGUCAGGCUGAAGAAACAGGCGGCGUCGGCGGGGUCAGGGGUCGCGCACGCGUUCCUUCGCGCGCAGGCUCUGCUGUUCGGCGGAUACAGAGAUGCCUUGCAGCCGACGGACGAAGGGCCAGUUGUGUUCUGCAACGAGUCGUUUCUGAGUCAUAAGUCUCAAAGCAUGCGGGAGUUUUUGGAGAGCGCGGUUCACCUGCAGUGUUUCAAAGAGUUUAUUGACGGCCGGCUGGAAAUGCUGAACCAGGGCAAAGAGCCGGAGGAUGCGUUUGAGGAAGAGGUGCUUCAGUGCGGAGCUUCGUCAGGCGCCUCCAAACUGCGUCGGCAGUGGGUGGGGAAUAUAAAGAAAGGGGGAGGAGCCUUGAUCGUGACGUGGAAGUCUACAGCGAACAAAGCAAGCAAAUAUCAAAGCAAAUUUGGGCUGAAAAACCUCCUGUCGUCCAAGGAUCAGACAGAAUCCAGCAUGCUGCAGCGGGGCGGGUCUGUGUGUGGAACGCACACGUAUCGUCUCAUCCAAUCAGAUUGCCUUCAGAACCGCCUACCAAUCACAGAGCACUUUGGCAGGUCUCGACCUCGACGGCCGGCUCGCAAACGCCACAGCAAGCAGGACACAGAGGAACACACAGAGGACGACGACACCUAUGAGGACAGCGUAACAGAAAGUGCGGAGUGUUCUGGCACCAGCGACUUACAGGACGAGGAUGAGCUGUCCCUCCUGGCUGACCCGGAGGAGAUGGACCUGCUCGGGGAGAUCUUCGACACCCUGAGCGCUCAGAGCUCCAGAGAGCCGGGUUUACUGUACGGCACACGCAGCCUCGACCUCUUCAGCUCCGACAGCAGCGACUUCAUCACACACAAGAGUUACACCACACCAAGUCAGGAGAGUCUGAGCCAGUCUUUUGGAAACAGCGGAAGUCUAAUGAGCUGGGAGGAGGAGGAGGAGCCUGGCGACGAGAGGGAGGAGUCUGAAGCCAUGAUUGACAGGCCGGAAAAUGAGCGUAACGUAUUAGAGAAGGACUCAAAGGUGUUAGGGGAAAGUCUGUGUUCAGAUCUACUAAGUUUAGAAGAUGCUUCUCUGGUUCCUGAAGUGGUUUCUCAAGAGGAUCAAUGUUCGCAAAAAGAUGGACAAAUGAAUGGAACAAUGGAGGAAAGCUUGGAUACCGAGACAAUAGUUGAAGAGAGGACAGAGACAAUGGAGGAAAGCUUGGAUACCGAGACAAUAGUUGAAGAGAGGACAGAGACACAACCUGACAAAGAAGAGGGACAUCAGAAAGAGCUCAAGGAGACCAAUGACUCGGGGUCAAAUGGACCUGCAAACGGAGGACUUGCCCUCAACGUAGAGAUAGACAAAGAAGAGCCCGAGGAGAAAGUCUCUUCACUGAAAGUCUCGUCUACCAUUGCUCUGUUACGGUCUAAGUCUUUGACUGAGUCUUCUGCUUCCCAAAGAAGGGAAAUCUCCACGAAAACUCCCAUCAGAACCUUCAAAAUCAACGUGGGGUCAAAAACAGGUGAUGAACGAAGUACAAAAUCACCCGUUACAUCGACUCCAGAAGAUGAAGACCCGGCGGCUCCCGUUAAGGUCUCUGAGCUGAAGAAGAGAUUCGAACAUUAGAGCAUCAUAAAUCAAGAGUAAACCAUUAUAAAAACAUACUCGAGUCAACAUGAAAAGACAGUCUGAGUCAAACAAGAUCAAAUUGAUCGUAUGCACUGGGUUUGUACAUUUUGGCGAAGGACUUUUUCCUCCUUUGGAAUAAUGUAAACGCAUGAAUCGACCAGAAACAGACAUUAAAAUGGGUCAAUUUAGAGACUUUUAAUUAUUAACUUUGAAAAAGUAACUAAUGUCAUCAAUUCUGAUAAAUAAAGCAAGUCUAACCCUUUCAUCCA